GCUCACUGUGGGAGAAAUCUUCACAGCCUCUGACACAUCCCCCAUUCCCAGAGUGCACAAAUGUCCAACGGCAGCUCCAUUACAGAAUUCCUCCUCCUGGCAUUUGCAGACACGCGGGAGCUGCAGCUCUUGCACUUCUGGCUCUUCCUGGGCAUCUACCUGGCUGCCCUCCUGGGCAAUGGCCUCAUCAUCACCGCUGUAGCCUGUGACCACCGUCUCCACACCCCCAUGUACUUCUUCCUCCUUAACCUCUCGCUCCUCGACCUGGGCUCCAUCUCCACCACUGUCCCCAAAGCAAUGGCCAACUCCCUCUGGGACACCAGGGCCAUCUCCUACCAAGGGUGUGCUGCCCAGGUCUUUUUUUUCGUUUUCUGUGCUUCAACAGAGUUUUACCUUCUCACAGUCAUGGCCUAUGACCGCUACAUUGCCAUCUGCAAACCCCUGCACUACGGGACCCUCCUGAGCAGCAGAGCUUGUGCCAACAUGGCAGCAGCCACCUGGGGCAGUGGUUUUCUUUAUGCUGUAAUGCACACUGCCAAUACAUUUUCACUACCACUCUGCCAAGGCAAUGCUGUGGACCAGUUCUUCUGUGAAAUCCCCCUGAUCCUCAAGCUCGCCUGCUCAGAUGCCUACCUCAGGGAAGCUGGAGUACUUGUAGUUGCUGUCUGUUUAGCUUUUGGGUGUUUUGUUUUCAUUGUGGUGUCCUAUGUGCAGAUCUUCAGGGCUGUGCUGAGGAUCCCCUCUGAGCAGGGACAGCACAAAGCCUUUUCCACCUGCAUCCCUCACCUGGCCGUGGUCUCCCUGGUUGUCAGCACUGCAGCAUUUGCCUACCUGAAGCUCCCCUCCAUCUCCUCCCCAACCCUCGACAUGGUGGUGUCAUUUCUGUACUCGGUGGUGCCUCCAGCCCUGAACCCCUUCAUCUACAGCAUGAGGAACAAGAAGCUCAAAGAUGCCAUUAAGAAACUGAUUCCAUGA